AACGCUUCUUCCAUCUCAGCGGCCUUCUCCGAUUCCCAAACCCCUCGCCGCCUUCUCGAACCUUCGUUCCCCGUGCCCGACGAUGAGCUCCACGCCCGCUGCGGCCGCCGGGCCGGCGGCGACGACGCGUACGGUGGCCUCGGCGGUGCUCCGCGUCCAGAUGGCGCUCCUCGACGGCGCCGCGGCAUCCAACGAGCCCCUCCUCCACGCGGCCGCCUCCGCGCUCCUCUCCCGCGCCGACUACGACGACGUCGUCACCGAGCGCACCAUCGCCGACGCCUGCGGCAACCCCGCGUGCCCCAACCCGCUCCCCGCGGCCACCACGGCCGGCGGGCCCCGGUUCCACAUCUCCCUCCGCGAGCACCGCGUCUACGACCUCGAGGAGGCGCGCAAGUUCUGCUCCGAGCGCUGCCUCGUCGCCUCCGCGGCCUUGGCGGCGUCGCUCCCAGCCGAUCGGCCCUUCGGGGUCCCGCCCGAGCGGCUCGACGCGGUGGUCGCGCUCGUCGAGUGCGGCGGCGCGGGGGAGGGGCAAGGGUUAGGGUUCCGGGAUGCGGAUGGGAAGAAGGAUGAGGGGAGGAAGCUGGAGAUCAAAGAGAAGGAGGUCGCUGGGGCUGGGGAAGUCACGCUGCAGGACUGGGUUGGUCCCUCGGAUGCCAUUGAGGGGUAUGUGCCGCGUCGUGACCGCACCACUGAAGGGCAAAAGCCAGCUAAGAAGAACAAAGUUGCUGGACCUGAACUGUCCGGAAUCGAGAAUGUGGAUUGUAGGAAUGCUGCUCCCGGUGAAGAUGGCAUGGCAGGUUCAUCUCCAUCAGCUGAAACACACGUGAGCUCAGAGGUAAUAGCUGAGAAGAUGGGCAACAUGGUUCUUAGUGAGAAUACAAAGACUCCUAGAAAGAUGACAACUAAAACCCCAUCGAAGAUGUUGAAGCAAGAGGAUGAUAACAAUAUGCUGUCAUCUUGCAUAUCUGAUUCCAUUGAGAAGCAGCUGGAAGAUGUAGUUUUGGAAGAGAAAAGGGGUGCUAAGAAAACGAAAGCAAGUAAAGCAUCAUCAAGGUCACAGAAGAGUAAGUCUAGAAAAAGGCCUGGUGGAAGUGAUGGGCAUGAGGUGGACUUCACGAGUACCAUCAUUAUUGGGGAUGCUUCGACAAACAUGGAGCAAGGGACUAUGAAUCAGUAUAACUACUUUUCUAGUUCUAUAUUGACAGACAAUUAUGCCUCAUCAUCUCAGUCUGGAGCCAAAGGUCCAAUGCAAGGUUAUGCUGAACAGCUAUACAGAGAAUUUAGUGAAGCAGUGAGCAUUGGAAAAGAUGAGACAAGUGAUGAGAAGAUGAAACCUGCACUAAAAUCUUCAAUGAAGGCCCCCGGGUCUAAGAGCGGAUCACAGUCUGUGACAUGGGCAGAUGAGAAUGGAAGUGUUCUAGAAACAAGCAAACUAUAUGAAAGCCCUUCAAGUAGUAUAAAACAGUCUGAGGAAGGCAUGGACAUUUCACUAAGGCGUGCAUCUGCGGAGGCUUGUGCUGCUGCAUUCAUUGAGGCGGCAGAAGCUAUUUCUUCAGGCACGUCAGAAGUAGAUGAUGCUGUUUCAAAGGCAGGAAUCAUCAUAUUGCCUGAUACGCUUCACCCGAAACAAUACAGCAAUGAGAAAAGCAGUGGCGCAGAUGAAGAAUCUGAAAUUGAUAGGGAUGUCUUGAAGUGGCCUAAGAAGACUGUGCUUCUAGACACAGACAUGUUUGAGGUCGAUGAUUCUUGGCAUGACACGCCUCCAGAAGGUUUCAGUCUAACACUGUCCGGUUUUGCAACAAUGUGGGCUGCGCUUUUUGGGUGGAUCUCCCGGGCAUCUUUGGCCUAUGUGUAUGGGCUUGAUGGGUGUUCUGUGGAAGAUUUAUUGAUUGCCAAUGGGAGGGAAUAUCCUGAGAAAAUAGUUUUGAAAGAUGGGCACUCGGCUGAAAUUAGAAGAGCUCUAGAUACAUGUGUUUGCAAUGCCCUGCCAGUACUUGUGUCAAACUUGAGGUUGCGGAUCCCAGUUUCAAAGUUGGAGAUUACUCUGGGCUACUUGAUUGACACAAUGUCAUUUUUCGAUCCAUUGCCAUCUCUGCGAUCAAGGCAGUGGCAAUUGGUGGUUCUGGUAAUGCUUGAUGUGCUCUCUAUUCACCAGCUUCCUGCUCUUGCUCCAGUCGUCUCAAAUUCAAAGCUUGUGCAAAAGAUGCUGAAUGCCGCUCAGGUUAGCAGAGAGGAGUACGAGUCGAUGGUUGAUCUCUUCCUCCCUUUUGGAAGAUCCAUUCAGACAUUCAUGCAGAUAUAGCUUAAACGAGAAGCCAUGUAAAUCGGCCCUCUGAAAGCUGCGCGAACCGGCUGCUGCUCUGCAUAGGAUCAGAUAUAUGGUGAUGCCUGAACAGACAAGAGUAAAUACAGGUUGCUAUCUACGAGUCGUGGUUAGCUAUUGAACAAACUGCAACCGGGCAAUUUCAGAGAAGCCGAAAUGCCUGCGACCGUGACGCCUCCUUGUCCCUUGCGAUAUUCCUUGUGCGACUGCGUAGGCUGUGAGGACAGGCAAUCUUUCCUGUCACGCUCAGCAACUGUUUUGCUUUAGUAUGAAGGGACCUGAGAGCAAAAGAUAACUCACUUUGACAAAGAUGUUCCGAUCGUAAUUUCGAUCGUGGGACUUUACCAUCGGAUAACUAUUCGUUUUUUCCUUGGGAGACACUUACCUUGUGAUAUAUAUUCGAUUUCUCUGUGCAUUUUUACUUGUUA